AUGCAGUCCAAUAACCGAAAUGCGCAGAGCAGUGCUUUUACCGACGAUACUGACAUGAGAAAAUUUGAGAAUAGUUGUGCUAUUUCAAGCUCCGAUACAGGUCCUUUACAUGCUAAUACAUCUCGGAUUAUCAGUGGAUUUACUGCUCAUGCCUCAAAGACAAACUGCCUUCGUAUCGGCCCAAAGUCCGGACGAGUGAUUGUAACUGGAGGAGAAGACCGCAAAGUAAAUUUAUGGGCAGUGGGCCGAACAUCUGCUGUUUUGAGCUUAUCAGGGCAUUCUAGUCCAGUAGAGUGUGUUUGUUUGGACUGGCCCGAAGAGCUGGUAGUGGCAGGUUCAUCUUCUGGAUCACUCAAGUUGUGGGAUUUGGAGCAUGCCAAAGUGAUCAGGACUUUGUCUGGUCAUAGAUCUAGUGCAACAUCAGUACAGUUUCACCCAUUUGGCGAGUUUUUUGCGUCUGGAUCAAGCGAUUGCACAGUGCGUCUUUGGGAUGUCCGGCGUAAGGGUUGUAUCCAAACCUAUAGUGGACAUAAGAAUAGCAUUGAUUAUCUUGAAAUCACACCUGAUGGGAGAUGGAUUGCUUCUGUUGACACUGAUGGAGUGGUCAAGAUUUGGGAUAUGACAGCUGGAAAGCUUUUACAUACUAUAUCUGGCAGCUCAGAAUCUGUUGCAUCUUUGUCAUUUAGUCCCUCUGAGUUUAUCCUUGCAACAUCGUCACUUGACGGAAAUUUCCAUAUUUACGAUCUUCAAAACUUUGAAUGCAUUUCAAGUUCUUUUCAAAAAUUAAACGGGGUUUCAAAAAUAUCUUUUAGCGGUGACGGUCACACUCUUGCAACUUCAUCAGUAGGCACUUUUGAUAUUUGGAAAUGGGAUCGACCUCAGCAGUCUCCUAUGUCCUUUGCUUCUGGAUGGUCGAAUAUUGUUGAUUUCAAGUUUUUAUCAGACACCAAUAGUAUCAUAGCCUGUAGCGUGGAGCAGAGCUUUGUAGAAGUUUGGGCUAUAGAUAUUACUGCUUCUCCCAAGGGUAGAAAAGGCUCAGCUGCGCAAUCAUUAUAUCAAACUACAAAAGACUCUUUGGCACAAGUUGAACAUACUGCUGAACAGCUGUCAACUGGGUCGGUAUUUCCAAGUGCACAGCUUGAUCAGCAAAUUCCAUCCGAGUUUUUUAAAAACGCAACCAAUCUUACAGAUUCUGAAGCAAAUGACAAUUCUCUACACCAGGAAAAAGGAAAUUCAAUAUCGGGGAACAAUAUUUUUAUGCCACCUGAGUUUUCUCAAUUGAAUUUGGAAUCUAAUGAAAAUGCUGCUACUGAGCCUAUACAGUCUUUACAGCAUGAGCUACCCAAUUCACGAUCACUUAAUUCAUUGCCUUUAUAUACCGGAUAUAUGCCAUCACAAUCUUUUAAUGCACCAGCUGAUAGUCUUAUUGAGCAGUCUUGCUCCAUAGCUUCAUCAUCUUUAAAUCCAAAGCAGCUUUCUGGGUCUAUAGAAUUGAAUAUACAACCAUUCACUACAUCCCAAUCCAAUACAUCGUCCUAUAUUCCAGCAUGCGACGGAAACCGCCCGUUGAAUUUGGAUCUUUCUCGAUUUAUUAAACAUCAGUUUCCUGGAAGAGCAAUGCAUCCAAUUCCAUUAUCUAUUAGCGAUACUAGCUCUACAGUUUCCAGUGAUCAGGAUGUUAUCGAGUCUGUCUUGAACCGACACGUCUCUAUGGUGACAGUUUUAAAUACCCGUCUUGAAAAUAUUCGCCUUGUUCGAGAAGUUUGGUCCGAAAAUAAUCCAAAAUUAGCUUUGGAUGUAGUCUGUAAAUUGGAAGAUCGCAGUGUUUUAGUAGAGUUCCUAAGGAUUCUUAAUUUAAGACCAAGACUAUUGACUCUUGAGAUUGCUGUGCAAAUUCUACCAUUGUCUUGCGAGUUGUUGUUUGAGAUGUAUGAAGAUUAUAUUCAAAUUGCCUGCUCGACAGUGCUUCUUCUUUAUAAAAACUUUUCUGGUAUUAUCAUGGAUACAUUACGUGCAUCACGGACACCAGUACACACAAUGGAUAUGGCAUUUGAGGAUAGGUUGAAUCGCUGCCGAUCUUGUCUUGAUGGAUUUACCCAAUUUUCUCAAAUUCUUGGCGAGAUGCGCAAAUACCAUGGGAAGCUGGGCGAUCAGAUUCGUGAAAUAUCUACAGAGCUGGAGUUAUUUUGUGAGAGUGCGUAUUGA